CCCUCUCUACGGUGCUCUUCCAGCGUGUCCCCGGAAGCGGCGGCGCUGCUCCCGGUCGCUGUGAGCUCCGUCCUCUCUGGCUCGGCGCCCCCGGGGCUGCUUUCUGCGCUGUCGGCUCCGACAUGUCGUCUCUAGAGCAGAGACUCUCCCGGAUCGAGGAGAAGCUGAAGCAGGAGAACAUGGAGGCCCGCCGGAGGAUCGACCUCAACAUCGAAGUGAGCCCCCAGCGAUCGCGGCCGAGACCCACCCUGCAGCUCCCGCUGGCGAACGAUGGAGGCAGUCGGUCCUCUUCCUCGGAGAGCUCUCCUCAGCACAACUCGCACCCGAGCCGGCCCAGGCACAUGCUGACCUUGCCCACCCCUCCUUACUGCCUCCCGAAGAGCCUUGAGAAUGCCGAGAUUGACCAGAAACUACAGGAGAUAAUGAAGCAGACAGGCUAUCUGAAAAUAGAUGGGCAGCGGUACCCUGCGGAGGUGAGCGAUCUCCUGAACGAGGGUGAGAUCGGCAGUGGCACGUGCGGGCAGGUCUUCAAAGUCCGCUUCAAGAAGACAGACCACGUCAUUGCGGUGAAGCAAAUGCGUCGGACCGGAAACAAGGAUGAGAACAAGCGGAUCCUGAUGGAUCUGGACGUGGUGCUGAAGAGCCACGACUGCCCUUACAUCAUACAGUGUUACGGAGCCAUCGUCACGAAUACGGACGUGUUCAUAGCCAUGGAGCUCAUGGGCACGUGUGCGGAGAAGCUGAAGAAACGAAUCCAGGGUCCCAUUCCAGAGAGGAUUCUGGGCAAGAUGACCGUGGCGAUUGUAAAGGCAUUGCUAUAUCUGAAGGAGAAGCACGGGGUGAUCCACAGGGAUGUGAAGCCCUCGAACAUCCUGAUCGACGCGAAGGGCCAGAUCAAGCUGUGUGACUUCGGCAUCAGCGGGCGACUCGUCGACUCCAAGGCCAAGACGAGGAGCGCUGGCUGUGCUGCUUACAUGGCUCCUGAAAGGAUAGACCCUCCAGACCCCACCAAACCUGACUAUGACAUCCGAGCGGACGUGUGGAGUCUGGGCAUCUCUCUGGUGGAGUUGGCCACGGGGCAGUUCCCCUACAAGAACUGCAAGACGGAUUUCGAGGUGCUGACCAAAGUGCUGCAGGAGGACCCCCCUCUCCUUCCCACUGGAAUGGGCUUCUCCCUGGACUUCCAGUCCUUCGUCAAAGACUGCCUUACAAAGGAUCACAGAAGGAGACCAAAAUACCACAAACUCCUUGUAAGUUUUCUUGACGGAAUUACAGAUUUGAGGGUCAAUUCCAGUUUUUCAAUUCCCCAUUACCCUUUAAUCAGUGCCAAGACACUGAUCAAAACUGCAGCGAGCAGCAUUCUGUUAAAAUAUAAAAAUGAUCUUCAGAGGAAUUUGAAUCGGGGAAUUGAUUUUUAAAAAGGAAGUAGAAUUUGAAUUGAAAAACAGGAGUUGACCUGGGUGUUAUAUUUUUUUUUAGAGAGUGAUUUUGUAGAUUUCCCAUGUUUAUUAAAAGAUGUCUUCAUUUGUGUAGUGAUUUUGUACUGUGGUGUAUUGACUCUGGAAACUGGUGUCUGCAAUGGUUCAAAUUCUACUGGGAUCGUAGCUGCCUUAUAAUUUGGGAAUGCCAUUUUGAAACUGCUGCAGGCCUAAUAUUGGUAGAAGAAAAAGAUAAUUGUAAACAAGCGCUUUUAUUUUUUGCUAUAUUGAAAUUUGAUUUAUUUGUUUUUUUCUUGGUUGUCGCCCGUACGUCAUUCUGUCUGGGCUCAAGUUUAAAAAAAAUAAAAAUAGAAAGAGGUCAAGAAAAGAACACCCUGUCCUGACCGUGCUGCUGGAAUUUCAGCCACCACUGCUUGCCCAAAUUCUGUCUUCACCAGAUGUGCUUGGAAUUAGAAAAGGGGGGAAAUGUUUGAGAAUUCAAACUUCAGAACAUCUUCUAGGAAUUUGAUCAUUUACACAAGUGGGGAAGCAUUUUGCUGUCGCACAGUGCACGGGCUGUGGGUUUCAGUGCACAGUGCGACACUAAUAUGCUUCCUACCGUCUUUGCUCACAAGAAGUUUUUUCCAGAGUUUUUGCGGAGUGAUUCUGGCGCUAACAGCAGUGGAGAAUCUCUCAACACACACAAAGGGUUUUACACAGGGAGGAAAUUCAGCUUUAGGAGAUAAUAAUGUUGUUUGCAUUUUGACUGUCCUGCUUCACCCAGAGACAAACCCUGCUAGUCUUUUUAGACCCAUUAACUUGUUAAGUUUCAUUUGAGGACUGGCUACUUUGUUAUAUUUUGGAGUAUUUUUGGCUGGCAUUUACCUUUUAUUUGAAUGUUCUCUUUAACUAUAUCACAAUGAAACACACACAUGUAAAAUAGAAGAACAGACAAACCUCCAUAUAUCCUGUGCAGGUUCAUUUGAAAAUGUCAUUUGAAUUUCACCAGCAAAGGGACUGUGCCGUGAAGGGCCGAACUGCCUUCCUGAAAUACUGUGAGAGGGAUAGAGAAAGAGGGAGAGUGACUGCAGCCCUGGCACAAAGAGGAACAGCUUUCCAGCCACUGGGAGUUCUUACCUCUGCUGUAUUCCAGUCCUGAGCUCAGUGGUGAAAUGGUUCUUAGCACUGGAACUAAACUGAAGCAGCCAGCUUUCGUUAACCCUCCCUCUUGCCUCUCCCCCGUUC